UGAUCCAGGGAGUCGUAUAAUGGUAUUUGACGACUCCCUGCUUUGAUCUUGUCGGCUUCCUUUUUAUUUCUACUCGACAUAGCCAUUGCAAAUAAUUGUUAUAUUCACGCGUAGAUCUACUAUAUGCUCCACGCCACAGCGUUGUCCGCAGUAUUCGGUACAUCAGUUUACCGUACAAUUAUCCGAAUAACCAGCCUGCAGCUAUACUAGCUGCCCAAAGCCUGCGAAAAUUCGUCUUUACUCGAUCCAAUCUCAAAAUCUCAUGCUAUGGAUGCUGAACUACAGGACAAGGAGCUAGCAGCCCUUGAAGUUUUCAGAGAACGGGGUAAGCUCUUCACGACCUCCGCUGGCCUGGGCGCUGCACUAAAUAUGAAAGCGAAGGAUAGUGAUAUUUUCGUGUGUACAACUGCCAAGGCAGGCACGACGUGGAUGCAGCAGAUCUGCCAUCAGCUGCGGAGCGGGGGUGAUAUGGACUUUGAGGACAUUAGCGAUGUAUCGCCAUUUCUCGAGACUGCCCAGGACAUUGGCUUUGAUCUGGAUGCCGGUGAGCAACCGUGCCAGCCGCGUGUGUUCAACACGCAUAUCUGGGAGCCGCUCGUACCGAAGGGCGGCCGUUACAUUGUCGUUGUCCGCCAUCCGUACGAUGUUGCCGUGUCCUUCUUCAAGUUUAUGGAGGGCUGGUUUUUCGAGGCCGGCGAGAUUUCCCUGGACACGUUCACGAAUGAGGAGUUUCUGAAGCAGGGUAGGCCGGACCAGGAGCGCCCGACUAACUGCAGUGCCUUUCACCACAUGGCAUCCUGGUGGCCACGCCAUGCUGACCCCAAUGUCCUGUGGGUGUUCUUUGAGGACAUGAAAGAAGACUUGCAGGCGCAAGUGGAGCGCGUGGCUGCCUUCAUGGACAUCACCGACCCGGCCGUCAUUGCGCAGGCCGUUCACAAGUCGACGUUUGCGUUCAUGAAAGAGCACGAGUUGCAGUACAGUGCACGGCGCACAAAGCGACUGCGCAACGAAGCAAUGGGUCUAAAGCCUGAGGCAGGCGCCGGGCGAGGUCGAGUUCGCGUAGGUGGUGGAGAGCAGCACUUGCUGAGCCAUGCUACAAAAGCAGCGAUCGACGAGAAGUGGCGAGAUAUCUGCCAGCCGGUUCUGGGCGCUGCCAGCUAUGUUGAAUGGAGGGCAGCAUGGAAAGCGGAACACGCUGCCAAGUAAGCCUUGCAACCUUACAACCGAAUACACUCCCCAAUGUUGUGCUUGGAGAGCCCCUUUUCGCCUUAGAUGCUUGCUGUAGUGGGCGGAUGGAAAACUCUUUACAACAACUAACUUGACAGUGUGCUGCCCCUCCAUUCCACAAAAUAUAACUUGUAAGUUGUAACCAUUGUUGGAUGGACUGAGUCUAGAGCUAGUGUUGCUUGGCCUUCCCUGAGGAGUUCUGAGCCCCUGCACUGGCAUCAGUGUGCUGGUCCACACUGGGUCCGUUGCUCUGGUCUUCAAACUCAUGUGUUCGAUAUCUGAAUGCAAACUUAGAUUGUUUUAUUUAAUUUUUAAAUUUUUUUAUGGUGCAGGUGGCCUGUUUGUCUUUCAAUCUUCAUAGUCCUAGUUUUCUUCGUUAUUGGAGCGUUCACUUUAUCAUUGAAGCUACGUGAAUAUCAGAAUAAUACUGCGGCUAAUACUGGCACGAGCUGAAGUGCUCUUUGAGUUUGAGGCUUCUUCUUGGACUGGCCCGCCAUUCAUGGUUCAUGGCUGAUGUUUUCCCCUCUGACAGCUUCUACUUUUUUUUAAGAGCUUCUGUUGCGGCGUAAAUCCGGGACAGUGUGAAGUUUGUACAGAUUCAAAGUUCACUUGGUGGCCGUGGCAACGAACCUUGAAUUUGGUAUUGUUUUUAUCCCUUUCGCUUUUAUGUUAAGUGCAACUCGACCACUAGUGAUGCUUCAAGAACAGAGAAUGGCGCUGGUAGCUGCUGUAUCUUGAUGAUGUAACAUUAUUUAUUUAUUUCGCUUUGAACUGAUUUUUUAAAGUGCUGUUAUUCACCGGCCUUCAUUCGGA